AUGGCUACUUAUCAACAGCAACCCUUUAAUGAAUAUUCCAGCGUUUCUGGUGGAGGGUUUGAUAAUUCCCAGGCUUCAGCGGGCAAACCAAACUCAGCAGGGGGGCAGACCACAGCCACUUUGACCCCUGUGACCAUAAAACAAAUACUAGAAGCUAAACAAUUUGUACAAGAUGGGCCUUAUGUUGUAAAUAACAUUGAGUUGCAUAAUAUAUGUUUUGUCGGUGUGGUAAGAAACGUCGUAGACCACACUGCAAACGUCAAUGUGACCGUGGAGGAUGGAACUGGGCAGCUUGAAUUUAGACAAUGGAGCAAUGAUCAAAAGGAUAUUGAACGAGCAAGCCAAGGCGAGAAGGGCGAGUACAACUCCGAGGUUUCACAACAAUUCCAGAUUGGAUCUUACGUCAAGGUAUUUGCCACGUUAAGAGAAUUCGGGGGGAAAAUGAACAUCCAGUAUGCACUAGUAAAGCCUAUAGAAAACUUUAAUGAAGUGAUUGCCCACCAUCUAUCGGCCAUCAAGUGUUAUGCACUAGCAAACGGUAAGCUAGCACAUCCCACAUCUGCAGUUGGAACGGGUACUUCCACUGGCCAGGAGUCAAAUGCACAGAGCUUGUUUGUGCAAGAUAACGAUUUCAGCAAUGCAAAACCCGCUACACAAAGGAUCUUGGAUUUCUGCAGAGAUCAAUGCAGAGACAAAGAUGCAAAUACAUUUUCUGUUCACACUAAGUUAAUUGCGCAAUCUCUCGGUAUGUUAGAGGACGAUGUGAGAAUGCACUGUCAGACACUAACCGAACAAGGUUUCAUAUAUCCCACCUUUGAUGAGAACAGCUAUUUCACGUUAUGA